AUGAGUAAAAGACUUAAGAAUAAAAAUGUAUUGAUCACGGGAGCUUCUGCUGGCAUUGGAGAAGCAUGCGCCAAAGAAUUCGCAAAAUCUGGUUCUAACUUAAUCCUGGCUGCAAGAAGGAUCGAACGUCUCGAGCGACUCAAACAAGAAUUAUUAUCCGAGAAUCCCGAGGUAAAAAUUCAUACUCACCAACUCGAUGUGCGCGACAAAUCCUCAGUGGAUUCGUUAAUUUCAAGCUUGCCGGCUGAAUUAAAAGAAAUCGACAUUUUGGUUAAUAAUGCUGGAUUGGUUAUUGGAACGGAUAGAGUUGAAAAUGUUUCUUUGGAUGCUAUUGAUACGAUGAUUGAUACAAACGUUAAGGGUUUGCAUAUGAUACUGCUUUAUGUUCACAUGUACUGCAUUACAACAUUCAUUGAAUAUUUCCUUGCAGGAAAGCAAGCUUAUGCUAAUGGUAGCGUGUAUUGUGCUUCUAAGCAUGCUGUUAAUGCUAUUUCGAAAACUUUACUUUACGAGCUGGUCGACACACCAAUCAGAGUAACAGAGAUCAAUCCAGGAAAGUUUUUAUCUGAUAAAUAA